AUGAAAUUGAUUAUUUAUAAUGCUGUACGUGUUAUUGCAUAUUUGUUAUCUAUUGGUUGUGAAGAAUGGAAUAUUAAAGAAACAUCUAGACAUAGAGUAUUAGAUGGUUUAACAACAGCCAUACUAGAUUGGGAUCUCGAUUCUGAUCCAGAUAUUAUUCAACAUUCCAUUGAAUUAAUACUACAGCUUGCACAAAUUUGAUACACACCUCAGACACACCAUAAUAUUACAUGGUCUUUGGCAAAUUUUACAAAAAAAUACCCUGAAAAAUACUGUUCCAUGGUGAUAACAGAAGGUGGUUCAAGGAUUAUGAGUGAACUACUCGAAGACUAAAGUAUACUUUAUGUCAAAAAUAAAUGUGAAGCUAUACAUAGUUUAGAACAAAUAGUUAUCAACCAAUGUCUAAUGCAGUGUUUCUCAACUUUUUUACUCUGGAAACCCCCUUUUUGAAUUUCAAUU